AUUCAGGCCUGCAGCCUGACAAGAGAUCCGCACCCAUUUCAAAUCACACGAGAAAACGCACUACCGAUCCCCAAGCUAUGGUGCAAGCGCGCAACGCUGCUUGCGGCGCUGCCCGAGCCUCGCCCGAAAAGCCAGCCACACCAGCCGCUCCCCUGGCGUCUGCAAUGAAGCCAAUCCAAUCAACGUACGCACUAGCGAGUCAACAAACGAGCAAACGCGAUCAAACAAGCGUGGAUGAAGCUGCCGCUCCUAAGAGGCAGCGUGUAUCGCCGACAGAUCUUGAGUUUAUACAGUCCUGGAAUGCGCUUGAGGUCCUGGCGGAUGUUGUGCGUCGAUGCGGCGGCGAGCAACAGCUAGAUCCAGCUCUUGCGCAACCACGGCUCCAACUACUCAAGGACGCCUGCGCGAUGGGCGAUCUUUUCUAUAUCGUGCUACAUCAGGUCUUUUGCACUUGGACCGCGAAGCCACUCGAAAUUCGAGGGUUGUUCCAAAAUGACGAUCACUUGUUCUCAUUGGCAGAGCAUGGACUGCGGGAGCUGAGUACACUCCUCAGAGACAACUCAAAAAUGCGACCAGAUCUGCUACGGUAUUUUGCCAACUUCCCGGCACCUUUUUCCAACAUGCAGCGCUUUCCACCGUACUCUGACUCGCUGAACGCCGUGGUGAAGUUCCUCUUUUCUAUGGCCACUUCAUGGACCAAGUUGAUGAAGCAGCAUGCGGCAGACGGUUACCCACUGCUGAUGGAUGAGAUGCUAAGCGUGCUGCACGUGCAUUCGGUCGUUUUGCAACUCAUUGUCUUCCGUACAUCCAGGAGGACAGCAGGUGUUCUAGACAGGCGUGUCGGCACGCAAAUGGAGUCUAUUCAAAGAGGAUCAGGACUUUCAUCGGUCCGCGGAUGGUUCUUUUAUGUCAAAGGCACAAGACCCUGCCUAUCCAAAGUACGAAGACAAUCUUGUCCAGCGAUACGGAGUUGGCCCACCUCGCCCGAACACUUCACCAACAACGAUAUGUUCAACAAUCGACCUCGCCAACAGCUGUCCCAAACAAUGCUCAGAGCUUUGUCGGAAAUGCCCCCUCUCCAGCGGCACCAAACCAACAGUGGACGGCCCUGCCGAGCCAAACGAUGUCCGCGAUCAUUGAACCUCUUCACAACAAUCCUCCCAGCGUUUCCCAAGGAGUCGCCGCUCGGCCCCAGGAGUCAGCAACCUCGAUGAGUGUUGCAAGU